AAUCAUCACAGUCAGUUGUUGCAUCAGCUGCGUCUUCUCGUAACAUUUCAAAAUCAAAACUUUUUACCAACAUACUUUCUUCUUCUGUUCUUGGGAUUUGCAGAUAUUCCCGGAAGCCUGCACUUCCGGUUCUCUCUUUUAAGAAAACUGAGUUUACAUCAAAGAGGAAGGAAGAAGAAUUUGAAGAGAUGACGAUUAAACCGGCAGUUAGGAUCGCCGAGAGGAAUUUAAUUGUAAAGGAUCGUACGAUCCUCACCGGAGUUCCGGACAAUGUAAUCGCGACAUCGGGUUCAUCCUCCGGUCCGGUGGAAGGGGUGUUUGUGGGUGCGAAUUUUGAUAAAGAAGACAGCAGGCACGUGGUAUCUUUAGGAACUCUGCGAGACGUCCGGUUCAUGGCGUGCUUUAGGUUCAAGUUAUGGUGGAUGGCUCAGAAAAUGGGCGACCAAGGCAAAGAUAUUCCACUAGAGACUCAAUUUUUGUUGGUCGAAACGAAGGAUGGAUCCUACCUCGAAUCAGAAGAUGGAAACGAAGACAAUCAGAUUGUCUACACUGUCUUCCUCCCUCUGAUUGAAGGCUCCUUCCGCGCCUGUUUACAAGGAAACGAAAACGACGGACUUGAAUUGUGUUUAGAAAGCGGUGACGCUGACACCAAAGCGUCGUCGUUUACUCACUCAUUGUUUCUCCACGCUGGCACAGAUCCUUUCGUCACAAUCACCGAAGCAAUCCGCGCCGUUAAAUUACAUCUCAAAACAUUCCGCCUCCGGCACGAGAAGAAAUUGCCGGGCAUCGUCGACUAUUUUGGCUGGUGCACGUGGGACGCAUUUUACCAAGAAGUGACUCAAGAAGGUGUAGAGGCUGGGCUCGAGAGUCUCGCCACCGGUGGAACGCCGCCGAAGUUCGUGAUCAUUGACGACGGUUGGCAGUCGGUCGGCGGAGACCAUAAUUGCAGCUCAAGUACCGAGGAAAACGAAAAUAAACAACAGCCAUUGCUCAGGUUAACUGCAAUUAAGGAAAACGAAAAAUUCCAAAAGAAGGAAGAUCCGACGGUGGGAAUUAAAAACAUCGUGAACAUUGCAAAACAAAAGCACGGGUUAAAAUACGUGUACGUGUGGCACGCGAUUACUGGAUACUGGGGUGGGGUCCGCCCAGGAGUCAAGGAGAUGGAGGAAUACGAGUCGUUGAUGAAAUAUCCGAUGGUGUCAAAAGGAGUGGUGGAGAACGAGCCAACAUGGAGGAGCGAUGCAAUGGCGAUACAGGGAUUGGGUUUGGUGAAUCCUAAGAACGUUUACAAGUUUUACGAUGAGCUCCAUAGUUAUCUAGCGUCCGCGGGUAUCGACGGAGUUAAGGUAGACGUGCAGUGUAUAUUGGAGACACUGGGAGCGGGCUUAGGUGGCAGGGUUCAGUUAACGAGACAGUAUCAUCAAGCACUGGAUGCGUCUGUAGCGAGAAAUUUCCCAGAUAAUGGGUGCGUUGCAUGCAUGAGCCACAAUACUGAUGCGCUCUACUGUUCGAAACAAACAGCGUUGGUGAGAGCAUCGGAUGAUUUCUACCCGCGUGAUCCAACAUCACACACAAUUCAUAUAGCGGCAGUGGCGUACAAUAGUGUGUUUCUGGGAGAAAUAAUGCAGCCGGAUUGGGAUAUGUUCCAUUCACUCCAUCCGGCUGCGGAGUAUCAUGGAUCAGCUCGUGCUAUAAGCGGUGGCCCCAUUUACGUCAGCGAUGCGCCUGGGAAACACAACUUUGAGCUACUAAAGAAACUCGUGUUGCCUGAUGGCUCCAUUCUUCGAGCCCUCUUGCCUGGCCGCCCCACUCGUGACUGCUUGUUCGCUGAUCCCGCCCGUGACGGUGUUAGUUUGUUGAAGAUAUGGAACAUGAACAAAUACACAGGAGUGUUAGGGGUGUACAAUUGCCAAGGUGCUGCAUGGAACACAGCUGCAAGAAAGAACACAUUCCACCAGACCAAAAGCGAGGCCUUAACUGGGCAACUAAGGGGCUGCGAUGUGCACCUCAUAAGCGAAGCUGCCACGGACCCUGACUGGGCUGGUGACUGCACCAUCUAUUUUCACCAAACCGGGGAUCUCAUCGUGCUCCCUCACAAUGCAGCAUUGCCGGUCUCCCUCAAAGUCUUGGAGCAUGAAAUCCUCACUGUCACGCCCAUGAAGGUCUUGGCACCUGGAUUCAGCUUUGCACCUGUGGGGCUUAUCAACAUGUUCAAUUCUGGUGGUGCUAUCGAGGGGCUGCACUAUGAACUAAAAGGCGGUGUUGUGCUAUCAGAGGUUGAAGAUGGAGGUGAUGGUGAUGGUGUAAGAGUUGAGAAUUGUAGCAAGGAGUUGGUGGCAAAAGUGUGUAUGGAAGUUAAAGGGUGUGGCAAGUUUGGUGCUUAUUCUUCAGCAAAGCCUAGAAAGUGCGUUGUGGAUUCAAAUGAGGUUGAAUUCCAGUAUGAUUCAGCAUCUGGGUUGGUGACAUUUAGCUUGAAUAAAUUGCCUGAGGAGGAUCAGAAAGUUCAUUUUGUGGAUGUUGAGUUAUAAAUAAAAAAAUUUAAAGCAUAUUGAUUAGGGAGUAUGAGUCAAAUAGAUAACUAGAAUGGGGGUCUUCUACGGAAGUGACAAAAUAUAUGUUGUAUUAGAUGAAAUUAGUCAAUAAAAAUACGAAUUAUUUGUGUUUA